AUGAGCGCCACCUCGCUGCUCGAGCCCUACGGCUCUCCCAAAUCCACCAACAGCGACGAGAGCACCUUCGACGAGGCCGCCAGCACCGCCGGUUCCAGCACAACAUGCGCCGACGACACCUCGGCGUCGUCCGUGACUCCCACCGCGUCCGAAUGUGACAAUGACAGCAACCCUCUCAAGCGCAAACGCGGCCUUUCCUCCGCCCUCACGCCCCCGCUCUCCGCCUCAGACGAAGACCGCCGCUGCGACGCAACCCCCACCACGCUCUCGCGCGCGCUACACGUCCUAGCCACCGAAGCCGCAGCCCUCGCACACGCGACGCGGCUGUACUCGACGUCCGCCUCGGCGCGGGCAGCGCUGGUCAGCGCCGUCUCGAUCGUCGAGCGCGCGCACGCCGGCGGCGGGAAGGUGGUCGUGUGCGGGGUGGGCAAGAGCGGGCUGGUCGGGCGCAAGACGGUGGCGACGAUGAAGUCGCUGGGCUUGGGCGCGUCGUUCCUGCACGCGGCCGAAGCCGUGCACGGCGACCUCGGCGACGUGCGCCCCGGCGACGCCGUCCUCUUCAUCAGCUUCUCCGGCCGCACCGCUGAGCUGCUCAACGUCCUGCAGCACCUGCCCGCCGACACCCCCGUCGUCGCCCUGACGGCGUAUCCGGACGCGGAGACUUGCCCACUGCUGGCGGGGAGGAGGGGGGAUGCCGCGGUCUUGCUGCCGGCUCCGAUUCAUGAGAGCGAGGAGGCUAGCUUCGGCGUCUCGGCCCCGACGACGAGCACGACCGUGGCCAUGGCUGUGGGAGAUAUGCUGGCGCUGACGGCGGCGGAGAGGAUACAUGAGGAGGAUAAGGGCCGCGUCUUCAAGCGGAAUCAUCCCGGCGGCGCUAUCGGCGCGCGGACGCUGGCGGAGGAGGUGACGACGGUCGUGAAGACCAAGAAGGUCUGCCUCACCAGCGUGGUUGAGGCUUGA